AAUGUGGUGACGUUACAUCAAUGCGCCAAUGUGUGUUUCUCUCAUGUCCCCAUGCUGUUUCGUUCAGCUGUGUUCGUAAUCCUGGAUUUAUUCUUCAUUUGUUCAAUAUGACAGGAGAAUCGCAAGGCAAACGUGCAUCUGUUUUUCCUUCCAAGAAAAAGACAGAGAAGAAAAGUGACACACAGGAUCCAGUUAAAAAUUUUGAGAAAUGGAAGAAAAAAUACACCAAAACAAAAGUGCGGGUUAAACACGAGAAAAAACGAAAUAAAAAGCCCGAUUGGCAGAUCGAACGGGAUAACAUAAAGAGGCUGGUGGAUAAAUACUCGGAGAUCAAUGUUAAGGAUGCUGUGAAGUUCUCAGAUUUUCCUCUGUCAAAGAAGACACUGAAAGGGUUGCUGGAGAUGCAGUAUCGACAGCCUACAGAAAUCCAAAGGCAGACCGUUGGGUUUGCCCUGCAGGGGAAAGAUGUGCUAGGCGCUGCUAAAACCGGUUCGGGAAAGACACUGGCAUUCCUCAUCCCUGUGCUGGAGUGCCUGUACCGGCAGCAGUGGAUGGCGGAGGACGGGCUCGGCGCCCUCAUCAUCUCGCCCACGCGGGAGCUGGCCUACCAGACCUUCGAGGUGCUGCGCAAAGUGGGCAAGAACCACGAGUUCUCCGCCGGACUCAUCAUCGGAGGGAAGGAUCUGCAGCACGAAUCGGAGAGGAUACACCGCACGAACAUCAUCAUCUGCACCCCAGGGCGCCUGCUCCAGCACAUGGACGAGACCUCCACCUUCCACGCCUCCAACCUGCAGAUCCUGGUUCUGGACGAAGCGGACCGGAUUCUGGACAUGGGCUUCGCCGACACCAUGAACGCCAUCGUGGAGAACCUUCCGAAGACCCGCCAGACCCUCCUCUUCUCCGCCACGCAAACGAAAUCGGUGAAAGACCUGGCCCGGCUCAGCCUGAAGGACCCCGAGUACGUCUGGGUCCACGAGAAGGCCAAGUUCAGCACUCCGGCUACACUGGAGCAGAACUACGUGGUGUGUGAGCUGCAGCAGAAAGUCAACAUGCUCUUCUCCUUCAUGAAGAGCCACCUGCAGAAGAAAGUCAUCGUCUUCUUCGCCUGCUGCAAGGAGGUGCAGUACCUGUUCCGGGUGUUCUGCCGCCUGCGCCCGGGCCUCCCCAUCCUGGCGCUGCACGGGAAGCAGCAGCAGAUGAAGAGGAUGGAGGUCUACAACGACUUCAUCCGCAAGAAGGCCGCCGUGCUCUUCGCCACCGACAUCGCAGCCCGGGGCCUGGACUUCCCUGCUGUGAACUGGGUCCUUCAGUUUGACUGCCCAGAAGAUGCCAACACCUACAUCCACAGAGUGGGACGAACUGCCAGGUACAAGGAGGGCGGGGAGGCCCUGCUGGUGCUUCUGCCCUCGGAGGAGAAGGGGAUGAUAGCACAGCUUCAGGAGAGAAAGGUCCCCAUCAACAAGAUCCAGGUGAACCCGGAGAAGCUGAACAGCGUGCAGCAGAAGCUGGAGGCCUUCCUGGCCCAGGAGAAGGAGCAGAAGGAGCGGGCUCAGAGGUGCUUUGUCUCCUACCUGCGCUCGGUCUACCUGAUGAAGAACAAAGACGUCUUCGAUGUGUUCCAGCUGCCUCUGGAGGAGUACGCGGGUUCACUGGGUCUAGCCGUCGCUCCACGGGUGCGUUUCCUUAACAACGCCAGGAAGCAGAGGGAGGGGGGUGAGGCUGGCCCGGGAGGGGCGCAGGGCGACGAAUCGGACCAAGAGCUGCGGAGCUUCCGGGCGCAGAUCAGAGGUGAAAAAAACACCCCUGCUCCAGGGAAGGGGACCUCCGAAUCCCAGGAUGAACCCAGCGAGGAAGAGGACGGAGAGGAAGAGUCUGGUUCAGAGGAGGAAGAAGAGUCUGGCGAUUCGGAUGAGGAGGAGGGCGAUGUGGACGGGCCCGCGCGCCUGUCUCUCGCCGCCGAUGGAGACGAGGAUGAGGAGGAGGACCUGAGGGACGUGGACUUGCUGACGGUCAAGCGGAGAGACAUCUUCCAGCUGGAGGAGGAAGAUGAGGAUGACCAGGAGAGCGCUGAAAAUGCCAAGAAAAAGCCAGAAAAAGAGUCCAGGUUCAAAGAAGCCAAGAAAGCCCUGAAGAGAAACUUCAAAGUCAACACCAAGAUGACCUUCACUGAAGACGGGGAGGUGGUGCAGCAGUGGCCCCCGCUCCAGAGGACGGCCGCGCCAGCUGGCCAGGAGGAGGAGGAGGACGGCGGGGUGUCCGGCAUCAACGUGGAGGAGGCGCGGGAGCGGCUCCGGAGGGAGGACCAGGAGGUCGACAAGCUGGAGUACAGCCGCAAAGUGAAGCAGAAGCACAGGGAGAAACGUCUGAAGGAGAAAGCCGAAAGGAGAGAGGCCAGUCAGCGGCAGAAAGAGGAGCAGAAAGGAGAGUCCGACAGCGAGGAAGAGGAGGAGGAGGCGGUGGCCUACCUGGACCGCGGCGACGGCGAGGAAGAGUUCGACCCCAGCUCCCUGCCCGACCCGGACAAGCACGUGGACUCCGAGCCGGAAGACCAGAACAGGUGGGAACGACGAGAGGCUUCUGGGAAGGGAGCGAGGAAGAGGAGCUACAGUGAGAGCAGUAGCGAGUCUGACCCAAAGGGCCUUGCCGCGGGCAGGAAGAGGACCAGGAAGGCGGGCGCCACGGAAACGGCGGCUCAGCCCUUGGACACCGGCCUCUCAUUGGCCGAGGACGAGGAGCUGGUGCUCCAUUUGCUGAGCCACAGAAGCUAGUGCUGUUGGGUGGACAAUGUUUUCUGGGUUACUUUUUAGUUUUUUGUUGUUUUUUAUUCCCACAUUUUUGCUCAUUUUGUUUUUCCUGUAGAACAAUGGCAAGAAAGUGUGUUAACGGUAUCUCUGUCACCAUUUACCAUGAAGGAGACGUGUAAUAAAAAUGCAAUAUGUAUCCAGUGUCAAAAACAAUUUACAAGUGGACAGUUUAAUCAAUUUGCACCUUUUCCGAGUAUCUCCUCCAUUAAAGGCCGGGAGUGGAGGCGGGGCCUGACAGCCGGCGAAUCACGUGCCCUCGUCUGGGCUGUGCUACCUGCCCACUGUCACCAGGAGCCCUCAGCGGCAGAACAUGAUUGGUGUUCAUCCUGGCUGGGUCACAGGGGGUUUAAAUCUGCCAGGUGCUUCACUUACUGCUGCAUUAAAGCUGCUCAAUGUGACAGAUGCUCACGGGCCACUGGUGAUGGAGUGAGUGAGAGCAUGAGUGUGUGUGAGUGACAGUGUUUGUGUGUGUGUGUGUGUGUGAGAGAGAGUGAGUGUGUGUGAGUGAGAGUGUGAGUGAGUAUGUGUGUGAAAGUGACAGUGUUUGUGUGUGUGUGUGUGUGUGUGUGAGAGAGAGAGUGAGUGUGUGUGUAUGAGAGUGUGAGUGAAAGUGCAUAUGAGACUGUGUUGAAUGAGUAUGAGUGUGAAAGUGAACAUGCGAGUGUGUGUGUGAGAGAGAGAGAGUGUGUGAGAGUGAGUGUGACAGACUGGCGCUAGCUCUCCUGUAGCUCUGGGUCAUAUGGGCCACUGUAUUACAGCAGUGUCCAGGCCUCAGCCACCCUGCUCCCUGCCUGUAUGAAGUGGCGCACGGAGGACUUGACCGGCACAACUUUCAGUACCAAAUUAGGGAUUAAAUUGGGUGCCUGUUUGGGGGCAGGGGGGAGCCAGUUUUAAAAUUUGUAAUGUUUGAAACACUGUACAGCUCACCAUUUCCUGAACUCACUCUUUAAGUAUGUUUUUAGGCAGGUUAUGAAUUUGGGGGGAAUAUCGCAGUAGGGAGCUGGUUAUUUUUCCCAGGGAGAUCUUCACUGAGAUUAAGCUGCAUACGUCUCCGCCAGCCAAGAGGCUGCAGGAGGGGGUUCGACUGAGGUUCAUCAAAACCAAGUGCUUUUUAUAGCUGUUAUCUUUCAUAUUUUGCUGUGUAGGUGCGCCCGAGAUAAGAAGGGUUUAUUUUUUCGCCCCCAGAAUGCAAUCAGAAUCUUUGUGAAACACGAACAGUUUUUUGUUGUUAUCCAGCUGAUAUAAAACCGCCCAUUCAAGACUGGAUCAAUUGAGCACCAGAAGUCAAUAAUAUUGCAGAUAUUACAACCUCUGCUAGUGUUGUUGCCCUUUUUUUGUUAUGCUCUGUUCAAUACAACUGUUUACAAUAUGAAA